AUGGCUUCACAUCAAGAUAUUAGAAAGAAAGAAGAGGUGGCUGAGAAGGCUGCCAGGGCUGCUGCUGAUGAGCUCAAGGAUAUCAACCGUCGUAGUGGUGGUGGUGGUGGUGGUGUUGGCGGUCCAGUGGUGGUUGAAAAGCAUGAGCAGGUUACAACAACAACAAAUGAUCAAGACCGGCCCGGUAUCAUUAGCAGUAUACUGCAAACGGUUACGGGUACAUUGGGCCAAGCGAAAGAUGCGGUGACUGGAAAAGCGCAAGAAUCUGGUGAGGAAAUGCGACAAGGUGGUGAUGUGGCCGCACAAAAGGCUGGAGAAUACAAGGAUUAUGGUGCACAAAAGGCGAAAGAAGCGAAAGAUGUGACGAUGGGGAAGGCAGGGGAGGCUGCUGACAAGGCUGGUGAGUACAAGGAUUAUACUGCACAGAAAGCUGGGGAGGCAAAAGAUGUGACAAUGGAAAAGGGAAGGGAAGCGGCUGAUAAGGCUGGCGAGUAUAAGGAUUAUGCUGCUCUAAAGGCCAAAGAAGCCAAGGAUACCACAAUGCAGAAGGCCGGACAGUACAAGGAUUACACUGCACAAAAAGCUAAGGAGACAGCUGAUGCAACCGCUGAGAAAGCAAAAGAAGCUAAAGACACGACGGUUGGAAAAUUGGGGGAGUACAAAGACUACACUGCUCAAAAAACAAAAGAAGCUGCAGAUUAUGUUGCACAGAAGGCGGCAGCCGCCAAGGACUUCACAUUUGACAAGGCUGCAGCUACUAAAGAUUACACGGUCAGCACCGCGGUUGCUGCAAAAGACAAAACCCUUGACACGGCUGCUGCUGCCAAGGACUACACCGUCAACACAGCAGCCGCUGCCAAAGACAAAACCCUUGACACGGCUGCGGCCACCAAAGACUAUGUGGUGGAGAAGGCAAAACAAGCUAAAGACUAUACGGUCGAUACCGCGGCAUCCACCAAGGACUACACGAUGGAUAAGGCGAAACAAGCCAAGGACUAUACAUUUGACAAGGCAGCUGCAACAAAGGACUAUACUGCGGAGAAGGCGAAAGAAGCUAAAGAUGUGACAUUGGAUAAGACUGGACAAUACAAGGAUUACACCGCACAAAAAGCUUACGAAGCCAAAGAUUAUACGGUUGACAAGGCGGCGGCUACCAAAGACUACACGGCUGAGAAAACAAAGGAAGGGACAAAUGUAGCGGUAGGGAAAAUGGCGGAGAUAAAAGAUGCUGCUGUUGGGACUGCUAGGAAAGCUAUGGAUAUGCUUACCGGAAAGAAAGAAGAGGCUAAAGAGAAGAUGGCUGAAGCUGGUGAUGCGACAAAGGCAAAGUUUGAUGAUCUAACACAAGAGGAUGCAAGGAAGAGAAUGGAGGCUAUGAACUUGAAGGGACAAGGUGGAAGCGGUCGACGUGGGGGCGGUGAUGCGACAACAUUCACCGUGACGGAAGUUGAAGAAAGUACUACGCCGUCUGCAGGAACAGGAGUGCUAGCCGCGGUGGAUGUGGAUGAUACAUUGUUGGGCACUGUGGGGGAGGUGGUGAGACAAGACCAAGUGAGACGGAUGGAAGGGAGGGGGACGCGGUGA